AUGGCAGACACAACAACCCCGAUCGAGCUCCCCGUGAUUGACAUCUCCAACCCGCAUGACCCCGCUGUGGGGAAAGCCAUGUUGAAUGCGGCCGCCAACUAUGGGUUCUUGUACGUCAACAGCAAAGGCAGUGACUUUACCGUGGAGGAUGUAGACCAUGGAUUUGAGCUGUCCAAGGAAUUCUUUGCCUCGCCCGCACAAGAGAAAGAGACUUGCCGCAUCCAGACGAAUGUUUGUGACCAUGACAGGCUCCACCCGGGCAGACAGCCCCUGGAGUAUACCAGAGAUCAAUCUAACCAAAGCCUCGAUAGAACCGCGGAUGGUCUGGAAUGCAUGCAGAAACUCUCGAUCCUGAGCACCAACGGAAGCACAGCACCUGACCACUCAUCCAGAGCCAUGAACUUCGGUGAUUUCAAAGACGGCAAAGCCCAACAGCCACUGCCACCAUCCCUCGCGCCGCAUGAAGGAGAAAUCAACGAAUUUGCCAAGCUAUGUAACAAAACAUGCAACCGAAUUCUGACCCUGCUAGCUUUGGGCCUUGAAAUGGAAGAAGAUUUCUUCACAAACCGCCACGAUCCUACCUCUGGCCCAACCGGCAGCAUUCUGCGGUACCUGUACUACCCAUCGAUCUUCUCCCCAGAGACAGCAGCGUAUAAGCACGACAAAGACGUGCGAGCAGGCGCGCACUCCGACUACGGAAGCAUAACACUUCUGUUCCAGCGCCCCGGCCAACCAGGCCUCGAGAUCCGCACGCCAGAGGGAACCUGGGCCCCCGUGCCCAUUGUACCAGGCACCAGCGCCGAGGCAGCGGGGUAUCCGUUCCCGCCGAUUCUGGUCAACAUUGGCGACCUGCUGAGUUAUUGGACUGAUGGCUUGCUCAAGUCAACUGUGCAUCGCGUUGUCUUCCCGCUGGCUGAGCAGCAGAGCCCGAACCCGCAGGACCGGUACACGCUUGUGUACUUCUGUCACCCGGUGGAUACCACUGAGUUGAUUCCUGUUCCCAGUGGGGUCGUUGCGAAGCAUCGUGAGGGACAUGGAGGGAUUGUUGGCAAGGUCGGGUUUGGGGGUGGUGCAGGGAGCUUGGUACCUGGGGACAAGCCUUUGACGGCACAUGACCACUUGAUGUCGAGGUUGGAGGCGACAUAUGGAUUCAAUAAGGAUGAGUGA